ACCGCCUCUCUCCUCCACCGUCUCCUCAGCCACACACUACGCCUUCUACUUUCUACGUGUCUUUUGCUCAAGAGAUGAAGUACAUCAUUCUCGGAUCUCUUGUUGCUCCAACGCUGUUGUGGAAUCUAUCUUGGUCCAUCAUGCGGGGAUGCAUUGGAGACACGCUGACCCACGCCCACGCGCUCAUCAGCCUGUCAAUCUCCGGCGCAUUCCUCAUCUCGCUCUAUACAAACAUCAGUCUGGCUGAAAUGCUUCUUGACCUGCAUCGUCUCACUGCGCCGACGAAAGACGCUGAGGACCAACCGGUUCUACAAGUUGUACGCUGGCGAGAUUCAAAGCCAACACCGACCGGCACGCGCGUCCGACAAGACGCACGUGUCGAGGUAGAUAUAUCGAGCUCAGAGGGAACUGCAUCUCUUCUGUCUAUGCUGGUCUUUCUUCUCCUCGCGUGGCAACAACAAAUCGAUAACCGCAGUGCGAUGAUUGUAUUCUCCCCGCUCCAAGGCACUGCGACCCACGACCUGCCUCAAGAAGAAAGUAGGGGAAAGCCGCACUCUGCACAACGGAGCGCCGAGUCUCUACUGCCUGGAUCAUACGCGACGGAAUGUGACACACUCGGUGCAUGGGGGCUGUCCAGACUCGCCGUGCUCCUCACGUUCUGCUUUGUCUUGGCCGCGCUCUACGUUGUUGAAGGCACCAUCUCCUCGGCUGUGAUUCUGUUGGUCUCUUAUCGCUGGUCGUCCCUCGCCUCGUUCCACACUCCGAGAAAUAUCUGGUUCGCACGCUCGUCCCGCUCCACCCAACUCUCGUCGACAACCAACUCGAGCGAGGAUCUCACGCUAGUAGAAGAAGACAGUUAUGAUGCGGAAGUUUGUGAUGCAGACAAAUCCCUUGCCAAAGCCCUUUCAUUCAAGCUGCGAGCUGAAGCGCGGUCUUUCGUGCCCCUGCAGCAGCAGCUAGAUGUGGAUUUCCACGGGGAAUACGAUCUUAAGCUCAAGACCGCUGCUAUGUAUAACUAUUCUGACCGGAGCAUCUGUAUUAGAGUUGGAACAUUCUGAUCUCGGUAGAAAGAGAUCGGAGGGUAAAAGGCAGAUCUGCAUUAUGCAUUCGUACAAACCUAGUCAUAUAUCCCGAAAUCUUUGUAACAAAAUUAACCACUGCAAACCUGUAACUUAGAGCGUCGCCGAACUUUGUAAUGGGAAUCUUGGCUUGGUGGUGAGCCCUGUCGCAUGGGGAGACUACCGGCAAUCACC